AUGGCCGACAAAGAGGCGACCGUGUACAUUGUCGAUGUCGGCAAGAGCAUGGCCGAGACCAACCAUGGUCGCGACGAGUCGGACCUCGAUUGGUGCAUGCAGUAUGUCUGGGACAAGAUCACGACUACGGUCGCUACGGGCCGCAAGACCAUGUUUGUUGGCGUCGUUGGUCUGAGGACGGACAAGACCCAUAAUGAGAUGGAGGGCGAGGAGGCUUAUGAUCACAUCUCCGUCCUUCAGCCUCUGGAACAGAUCUUGAUGCCUCAAAUCCGGAGCCUGCGGGAACAGAUCAAGCCCAGCAAGACUGAAAAAGGCGAUGCCAUUUCCGCACUGGUCAUUGCAAUCCAGAUGAUCGCCGCGCACUGCAGGCAUCUCAAGUACAAACGGAGAAUCAUCUUGGUUACUAACGGAAAGGGCGUGCUGGACACCGAAGACCUGAAGAGCAUUGCACUCAAGAUCAGACAGGACAGUAUCGACCUUGUCAUCAUCGGCUCCGAUUUCGAUGACGCAGAGUAUGGCUUCAAGGAAGAGAACAAACCUCGGACCAAGCUCGAGAAUGAGCGCAUCCUGCAGUCGCUGGCUGAUGACUGUGGUGGCGUCUACGGCACAAUGGCCCAGGCCAUCGAAGAAAUGGCGAUACCGCGGGUCAAGCCCGUGAAGCCAACACCCUCUUACAAAGGCAUUCUUACCCUGGGAGACCCCGAGAAGUACGACACCGCACUGUCUAUCCAUGUUGACAGGUACCCUCGCAUCAUGCAAGCAAAGCCCCCUUCGGCCAGCUCGUUCGUCGUCAGGGCGGAUCUUGCACCAGGAGAAUCACAGGCGCCGUCAGCUACGGCGACGGAUGGUGAAUGUCUUCCGGAUCAGGAUGACCUUACCGCUGUGAAGAACUCCAGAACGUACCAUGUCCUGGAUCCGGAUGCGCCCGAGGGCAAGCGUGAUGUGGACCUGGAAGAUCUGGCAAAAGGCUACGAGUACGGUCGUACGGCCGUGCACAUGGGCGAGUCGGAGUACAACACCAUCACAAAGUUUGAGUCUCCCGCCUGCAUGGACAUCAUCGGCUUUGUGCCCGCCGACAAGUUCGAACGGUACAUGGAAAUGUCGAGAACGAACAUCAUCAUUCCGCAAAAGACCAACGAAAAGGCCGCCAUGGCUCUAUCGUCUUUCAUCCACGCGCUCUUCGAGCUCGAGACCUACGCCGUUGCACGCUUCGUCGCGAAGGAUGACAAGGAUCCAUUAAUCUUACUUUUGGCCCCGUCGAUCGAGACAGACUACGAGUGUCUCAUCGACACCGAGUUGCCCUUUGCGGAAGACAUGCGCGGCUACCGCUUCCCGCCGCUCGACCGCAUAGUGACAGUCGGAGGCAAGACGCUGCACCAGCACCGGAACCUGCCUAGCGACGAGCUUACACAGGCGAUGAGCGACUACGUGGACAACAUGGACCUAUCCACGUUGGGGAAAGAUGAUGAAGGCAACCCCGCCGAGUACGCCCCCCUCGGGGACACGUAUUCGCCCGUCCUCCACCGCGUCAACCAAGCCAUCCGGCACCGAGCCGUCAACCCCGACAGCCCCAUCCCCAGCGCCCCAGAAAUCCUAACACAGUACUCUCAGGCGCCCACCGCACUCCUGCAGCGCGCGCAACAGCAGCUCGACGCGCUCAGCCGCGCCGCGGACGUGAAGCGCGUGCCGCCCCGGCAAAAAGGGCUCAAGCGGACGCGCGAAUUCGAAAAGCCGCUCUCAGGCCUCAACGUCGAGGAGCUGCUCGGCCGGCAAAAGCGCACCAAGCUCAGCGCCGCAAACGCAGUGCCCGAGUUCAAGCAGGCGAUGCGCGCGGCCGGGGACGUGGCCGCCACGCGCGAGGUCGCGCGCCAGCUGGGCGCGAUUAUCGAGGGCUAUGUCAGGCAUAGCGUUGGGGACAGCGGGUACGGACGCGCGAUCGAGGCGCUGCGCGUCCUUAAGGAGGAGUGCCUGGAGCUCGAGGAGCCGGCGCUGUAUAAUGAGUUUUUGAAGCAGCUGAAGGAGAAGCUCCUCAAGGGCGACCUGGGCGGUGAGCGGAGGGAGCUGUGGUGGUUGGUUAGGGUUAAUCGGCUCGGGCUGAUUGAGAAGCGGCUUUGUGGCGUGUCCAAGGUUACGGAGGAGGAGGCGAGGGAGUUCUUGAAAUCGAAAUAG